UUCCACGUGACACACAGCGAUUGCCUCCGAUAAUGACCGAACAUCUUCGGAUCAAAUCGUUCUUUUUCCUUCACCAGCCAUCUUGCAGCAAGGCUAGAAAAUGACAAAUACAAAAGGUUAUCGCCGUGGUACACGGUACAUGUUUUCACGGCCAUUUCGAAAACAUGGCGUUAUACCUUUGUCCACAUACAUGAAAAUAUACAAGAGAGGUGACAUCGUUGAUAUUAAGGGACAUGGAGCUGUACAAAAAGGUAUGCCUCACAAGGUUUACCAUGGCAAAACUGGUCGAGUGUACAAUGUUACACAACAUGCAGUUGGUGUAAUUGUCAACAAACAAGUUGGUAACCGAGUCAUUCCCAAGAGGAUCAAUGUCCGGAUUGAACAUGUGAAACAGUCGAAGUGUCGUAAGGAAUUCCUACAACGUGUCCAUGAAAAUGAAGCAAAGAAGAAAGAAGCGAAAGAAAAGGGUGUUUGGACUUCAUGCAAGAGACAGCCUAAAGGCCCCAGAAAAGGACACUUUGUAAGCACACGGUAUAACAAGCCAGUGGUGGUGGAGCCCAUACCUUAUGAGAUCAUUGCUUGAAUGUACUGAGAAAGAAUUAAAAUAAGUGAAUAAACGGACAUUACCAGUU